GAAACCGAGGAUGGGGAAACCAAGGGGGAGUGACGAGUUAGAAGGCUAGCCAUUUCGAGAUUGAGCAUAGAUUUAGAAAUAAAUCAUGAUCUUGUAUUUGGAGAUUUUAUUGGAGAUUUAUGAUAUCAAAGAUAUUUUAUAAUUUGAUCUUCAGAUUUUGAUGGUAUUAGUUUGUGAUUUGAAUAAGUUCCGAGCCUUGUGUACUUGUGGGACCCGUCUCACGAGUGCACGGCGUCUGCCACGUCCCUGGAUUUGGGUUCUGGGGCGUGACACCAUCAUUUGCAUUUAUGUCAAGUGGUCUCUUCAUACCAGUAAAGAUGAGCUAUUGUGAUGAUCAUUGCAAAAAGCUAGAAAAUUUAGUAGUCUAUCAGCCAAGUAAAUAAGUCCAUGGUUCUUGAAUAAUGUUGUAAUCAUAAGUGGUUAUUCUCAUACUUUGUUGAAUUAAUUGAAAAAGUCUAA